CUUAGUACUAAAUUUUAAUUUCUUCCUUUAAAUUUCGCCUGGCGCUCACCCGAUAAAUUUCUCGCCUUCAAGUCCUCCAUAGAUUGCAAAAGCGGGGGAGGAGAAAAUGGACGAAUCGAUCGGAAAAUUCAGCAAAUCCAUCGCCGCCUUCUGCAACCACCUUCAGGCGAGGUGCGACGCCCUCACACAGUCGGUCAACCACCGCCCCGUUCCCCUCGAUUCUGCAUCGACGACGUUCGUGCAAUGCCUGAAAAGGAGAGUGGCUUCGACGAGCGGAGAUCUCAACUUAUUGGAGUCUAUGUCCUUCGGAACGGUGUCGUUUGAGGAACUGCUUGGCCACUGCAAUGAAGUCUACAAGAAGAACCAAAAUCAGCUCUCGUCUCUCCAGGACCAUCUCUGCUCCCUGGGCUAUAUCUCUUCUUUUGACAUCAACAGUGAUGACGACGAGGAAAAUGGAGUCGAAUUGGAUGGUGUCCCAUCAGAUAGCUGCAUUGACUUCACAAGGAAAUUUGAAGACGACCCACUGUUAGACGAAACACAAAAUUUACAGAACCUUGGAUUUUCGGAUGCCUGCAUAGCUGCUCUUGCACCUGAAGCAAAUACUAUGUUUGCAGAGGAACCAUUUCAAUCUGUGACAAAGGUGCUGGAUUUCACAGAAGAUGAAACGGAUCAUGCAUCGAUGGCAUUUGAAGACUCUACUCCCUUGAUAAGUGUGUCACUUGAUGAUUAUGAGACCCUUCCUAAACAUAUGAAGAGUUUGGCAUCAUGGGAGGACUUGAAUGCUGCUGUUGAGAAGAUUAAUAAAUGUCUAAGAACAAAAAACGAUAAACCAUGUGCAUUGCGAAUGGAUGAAGUUGAAUCACUAGGAUUGGGGCACAAAGCAAGAUCUUACCUGCUGCUGCUCAUAAAAAUGAAUCGGGUGGUUGUUGAGACUGCAAGUGGUUCAAUUUCAUAUAGAGUUUUGUAGCCAUUGUGUAAUGUAUACUAAUAGCAGUUGCAGAUCAAUGUGUGUUCUGCAUUCUAAUUAUGAAUACUUUUCCUUUUCAUCCUUAAUUUGAUUCUUAAUUUGUGCAAAUGUGUUCAAUCUUUUUCUUUUCACAAUCUAUAUUUCCAUGAAAAAGUUCUGUUUGUUGGGAGGUAAUUUGGUAAUCAGUAACAUCAACCCUUCAAGGUUUGGCACAUGGGGUCUGAGGAGGAUAGGUGUAGGAACAACUUAUCCCUCCCUAUAUAGGCAAGGAGGUUGUUCACAUAAAUAUAUGCUCCCCGU